AAAGCAACUCAAGCCACCACCGAUAUAUCCCGGUGAGUUACCUAAGAUCUCUUGCUCAGAGCGUGUCGAAAGAGUACGACCUCGGGCUUUCAGCAGCCAUGGCGUUGUCCAAGGGUCUCUUCGUCGCUUCGUUUACGCUAUUUCUCCUCGUGGCUCUGGCGUUCGCCGACGAGAGCAGGCCGGAGCUCUCACCGGCGUACUACAAGAAGACGUGCCCCAACCUGGAGAACGCCGUGCGCACGGUGAUGUCGCAGAGGAUGGACAUGGCGCCGGCCAUCCUCCGCCUCUUCUUCCACGACUGCUUCGUCAACGGAUGUGAUGCCUCUGUUCUUCUUGACCGGACGGACUCCAUGGAGAGAGAGAAAGACGCCGAGCCGGCCAACACCUCGCUCGCCGGAUUCGACGUCAUCGACGAGAUCAAGUCGGUGCUCGAGCACGACUGCCCGGCCACCGUCUCCUGCGCCGACAUCCUCGGGCUCGCCUCCCGCGACGCCGUCGCCCUCCUCGGCGGGCCCAGCUGGAGCGUGCCGCUCGGCCGCAUGGACUCGCGCCGAGCCAGCAAAGACGACGCCGAGAGCGUCGACAACCUCCCGAACCCGAACAGCGAUCUCGGCGAGCUCCUCAGGGUGUUCGAGACGCACGGCCUCGACGCCCGCGACCUCACCGCGCUCUCCGGCGCGCACACCGUCGGCAAGGCCCACAGCUGCGACAACUACAGGGACCGCAUCUACGGCGCCAACAACGACAACAUCGACCCCUCCUUCGCCGCGCUCCGCCGGCGGUCGUGCGAGCAGGGCGGCGGCGAGGCGCCGUUCGACGAGCAGACGCCGAUGCGGUUCGACAACAAGUACUUCCAGGACUUGCUCCAGCGGCGCGGCCUCCUCACCUCCGACCAGGAGCUCUACACCCAUGGCGGGGAGGUAAGCGACCUGGUGGAGAUGUACGCGACGAACCGCGAGGCGUUCUUCGCGGACUUCGCGAGGGCGAUGGUGAAGAUGGGGAACAUACGCCCGCCGCAGUGGAUGCCACUGGAGGUGAGGCUCAACUGCAGGAUGGUCAACAAUUGAUGGCUGGGUGCAUGCUUCAAGUUG